GAAACCGGAAGAAUGGAAAUAAAAAGUCCAGGCUUGUAUAUGUGAUACCUAUUCCGUCAUGAGACUAUUGGGAACUAAAUUCUAAAACUGUCUCUAUUAACAGUCCAAGAUUUCUUGCCGUCUGACGCACACCUGAUGAAGCUGUUAGAAUUGCCACAAAGCUCUUAGAUAUGCCACGCGUGCUGGGGAAGAAGCGGAACCAAUAAGGAGCAGAGAACGGACUUGUCAUUCAGAGGCCACAGUAAAUGGAUCCGAACCCUGAGGGCGACAUAAACGCGUGUUGCAUAUCUAAUCUGAAGCCACCCCGAUGCCUGUCGAAGUGUUACUCUAGCUUUAAGAUUGAAACCACCCCUGAAAGAAACAGCAAUACAAUCAAAAGUCUUCAGUCCUGCGGAAUACUGUUUGACCAGCAGACCUUAAGCCCGGCUCCAUUGACAAGAUCCAACUUCAACUUGGCGCCCCCGAAAUUCGAAGAUGAAGGGGAGCCCACUUCGUCCUUGUCUGUCUUGCCCUAUAACAAGUUGAGGCUCUCAAACAUUUACUCUCCCUUGGACGGGACCAGCGAUGAUUUGUUCUCAGAAAUUAGUGAUUCCCCCCAACUGCAAGAUGACUUCCUGUUAAAAAGCGUUGACUGUUUCUCUUUUCCUUCUUUGGAGAAUAAAGAUGUAAGCUAUGAACUAAAAAAUGAAAUUUUGAAGAGCUUAAAAGGAGAGAAUAACUCGCACUACCAAGGGGAUUACAGUUUCCUGACGUCUCCUCCCUUGUUGCCCCUGGGCAUCCAUGAGAUUGAUACAAAUAUUAAUCAUUUCUAUAAAUCUAAAAUACCAAUGCCUGUUCCCAAAAAUUUUUCAAGAAAUCAAUCUCCGAAGCCACGAGAGUCACCACGUGUGCCCUUCUCUGCGGCACUAAGCAUGGAGUCUUGCUCUGGGCAGAAGGCGAAUUCCAGAAAUGCAGAGAGCAACCAUUCCUGCAUCACAGUCAACUCUGCUUUGUCAAGUGCGACGCCGAGGAGUCCACUUAGUGCAAACAUGUGCCCUAAAAUCUCUACCUGUAGAAAGAGUCUGGCGCCAGCGAUACCGAAACCGAAGUCCGUGUCGAGUUUUGCACUUUGCAGCACUUCGCCUCAGGUGAUUGAUCACCAGAGCUGGCUGCUCAGCAGCAUCCCUUCGGAGAGAUACUCCAGCAACUAUGGGACCAGAGGUUUCGGACUGCGCGACUCCACGAAAAUCAGCACAGGGGCAUCGAGUCUGGCGUUCAGCAGCAGUGAAGGAGAAAGCAGAUCGGCCCAAAGGAAAUGGACCUCGGAAAAGGCAGAGAGGCCGAGAAGAAACACGUCCGACGGAAAGAACAGAGAGAAAAAACAAACAAACUGGAAAAACGUAAAAAUGUCAAAAGCUCAGGCUUUCGAAGUGAAAAACGACGCAGAGACUCAAAAAGUUGACGCCACUAAAAUCGAUUGUAAUUCACCGAAUGCAUUCGACAGUGCGCCUCAUAACGUGGACAAGAGGUUGCACAUCGAGGGCGACACGGAGAGUGAGCAAGAAAACCACUACGGCGAUCUCAUGUCGACACUAGAUGGAUUAUCAAAUGCUCGGUCACUUAAAGUGACCAGGCUUAGGAAAACGCCCAAUUGUAUCAGCAACAUUUUAGUAGACAGCUACACGCAGACGAAGAGUCAACCCAGUAAUAACGAUGCCCCACCGCAACCCCAAGAGCAGGCGCUUAAGUCUUGCCUGAAGGCCAAGCAGACCACGAGCAAGACCAAGUUGGAGACGGCAAACACAGAAGACAGACUCACACAGCAGAGGGUUAAAAAGGAAGCCUUGUACAAAUCGUAUCGCCAAGAAAGCGCGCCGGUAAAAGAAGCGGCGACAAACCAUGGCAAAAAGCAACAAGGCAAACUCGAAAAACAGGUGAAACGAGUUAAGAAAAAGAAACCAAAAGUGGCUAAAGAGUUCACUGAUCGGACAAGUGCCAAUCGUUCUGAAACCAACCUCCAGGAUCGCCCUGACUUGUGCUUGAUUAGCACGCAUACCCGAACAGCCGAAAAUAAUGCCUGUACUAACAUUGCUAUUUCUCCGGCUCUCGAUAGUGAUAACAUCGAUACCGCCAGCCCAGUCUUCGAUACGCUAACAGGAAGCGAGUACGAUUACUGUAAAAAAAAAACUCAAAAAAAUUUGCAAACAUCAUGUAAAACGCUGGUCACUAGUAAAAUAAAUCUGCGGAAUGGUACAAAUCUGAUUGAGGACUCUGUUAAGCCUAAGAGGAGCGUAUUUUUGGCAGACCAGAAAGACCAAGUUAAAAGAGAAACAAGAAGUCCCAGCAAAAAAAAGAAAAAACUAGUCAGUACUCUUGCUUCGCAAGCUCUCAAGAGAAGUGAAAAAAGCAAUGGCAACGUCCCAGUGAACAAUUUAAAAGAAAACCAACGCAUUUCACCUGGAAGAAAGACGUUCCCGAAACUAACAUCUUCACGUGUGAAAUCUCUUAAAGAGGCCAACAGCUCGAUGCCUGGGAAAAGAGACCAUAUUUCAGAAGUAGAGUUUAACAAGGAUUCGGUUGCCGCACUUGAUAAGAAAAAGAGUUCGGCCCAUAAGAAAAGAUCAAGCUCUGUGAAAAAGCCCAAAGAAAAAUCUCUUUCACAGUCUUCGAAAAAAGUUAAAAUUGAUGUCGAUGAUAAAAUAGCCAAUACUGAUUUUACUGCUAAAGAAAAAGACCGAAUCACGGCCAGAAAAUCUGAGCGUAGUUCUUCCUCCCAAAAAAAGUUCCUAAACUUAACGCAAGACUUUAAGAGAAACGUUUCCCCGCCCACGUUUAGUAACGCCAAAAAGUCAGCUGACUUUGAGAAAAAACAAGAGACUGAUGAUAAAGUGUGUGUUCGAUCAUUAUCAAAAAAUAUACCUGAAGCUAAACAUUCAAGAAUUAAAAUCUACCCAGCAGACGCUGGGCAUUGUGCGGUACCGUGCAUGCCCAAAAGACACAGCUCAACACCGCCCCAAUCAGAGGAAAAACGUAUUCUCUGUGAAGAGAAUGACAUUGUAACGUUUGACGCACAGGAACCGAGUACAAACAGCUUACUGUCUAACGCACAAAAGCCUCAUUCGACUUCAACUGAAACAGCUCAAAAUGCGACCAGCAAAAUCUUUUCUCAUUCCUCAGGAGCAAAGAUAUGUAUGAAAAGCAAGUCUUCAAACAGGGGGCAUAGUCUGGACUCCAACACUUGGAUGCAAAGGAGAGAUGAACGACCAGAGUCCACAUCAACCUUUUCGAACGAGGCGUCCUUUGACAACGGCUUUGAUGCGCUAAGGAAAAGUACUAGUUCAGCGGUGUCGCUUUUAAAGAUGACGGACUGCACUAGCAGCCAGGAGGCUAGACAGGACCUCGCGGGCGGCGACCAAGGGGUAAGUAGCGGUGGGUUCUCCUCUUCUUUCACGUCCGUCAAGAGCAUGACUAAUCUGAAGCUGGAUGAGUUCAAGGCCAUCUGGCAUGGUCAGAAUCCCAAAAAGGUGUCUGCAAUGUCCACCUCUAGGGUCUACAUCAGCUCGAAUUCCUACAUUAUCCCGAUAAGAAACCUGGCUUGGAACAGUUCUUCAGAUAGGCCCAGCUUUGCAGAAGCACCUGAGAAAGAACCAGAGCCUAACAGCCGGCACAUCGAGCUAGGUCUUAUCUUUGUGAUGCUUUUUAUUCAGAUAAUUCUGCACUACUUUGUUUCCUCGCAGUAAAGCCUCUAGCAGACUAGUGCGUCUAGGUACGAAUGUGCUGCUCUCUUUCACGUGCUGCCGAAGGUUAUAUGCUUGAAAAACUAUUGUUCUUUACAUGGUACUUUUAUGAAGAAAAAAAAGUUCACUGAAAUACUUGAGCGGUUGUCUCUGCAUUUGCUGGUCGAAGAUGCUUGCUGCAGUUUACGUGACAAUUUAGAAAACAACACAAUUAUCUGCAAUGCCAAUUUAAACAGAAAUGCAUUGGAGGAAAAAAGCCAACAUAAUUUUGAAACACCGUAGCUAACUUAAAUCAAUGUCGAACCAAAAAAACUUUAAGUCCGGGUUCAAUUUCUGUUGCUUUUUAAAAUUAGCUCCUAAAAUGUUGCUUAACUUAGUUACUUGCUUUUACGCUGAGGUGUUUGUGAUUUGAUGAACUUUCUGAAUCCCAUGUUCACGAGGAUGAUCAGUGCCGGUUACCAUAAAUAUAAACAGGGUCGGCCUUAGGCAAAGUGAAUGUGGUGGCCCCAAAUGAAAUAGAAAAUUUUUAAUCAACAGUGAAAAACUCAAAUACGCAAUUUAUUUCAAACCUAGUGUAUUCCAACAAAAAUACUGGGGACAGGUUUCGCUAUUUCUUCUCUAAAAAAAAUUGUUAUGUGCCCUUAUCGAGUUGCCCAUCAAUCUGAGGCCCUAGCUAGUUUGCCUAUACCUAAGGUUGAUCCUGAUAUGAAUCUUAUUAUAUCAAAAGUAGUCACAGCGAUCCUACUAAGAAAAAGAGCUCUUGCCUGUUGCCUACAACAGGAUUAUAUAAUCAGAAUUAUUAUUGCAUUAAAAAGACGCAACACUAGAUCGAUGGGGAAGGGGGAGGGGGUUACAACUUUUGUUUGAAAUGAUCUAGACCUUUUUGGCUGAAACUGUAACAAUGUCAAUUCGAAACUUAACGCAUAGGUGCGCUAGACGCUAUCUCCACUCUCCAUCAGUGUUGACAAAUUCAAAUGUAUCUAUAAAAAUACAUCUAUUUGAAAAGUA